AUUCUGCAUCAGUUUGGCCAUGGCCUCGCACCAGUGGGUGAUGGUGGAGUAUCUCGCUCUGCUGAUGCUGUUGGGUAGCAGUACCCCAGCUGAAGUAUUCGUCCUUAUCACCGACCACAACGGCUACAUCUACAAGAUGGAUGCAAACAGCCAGGGCAUCUUAUACCACGACCAACAAGGAACUGAAGAUAUUGCUUAUGAUCCAGCUGAAAAACAAAUCUAUUGGUCCAAUCUUGAUACUCAUUCUGUCAGCAGAGUGGAUCUCGAUGGUGGAAAUUACAUGAAACUUUUCGAUGUCCAAAAAUCUCAAGGUAUAGUGUUGGAUCCAAGCUCGAGAAUCCUUUUUUACAGUGAUGAUAGAACUGCGGUCAUUGGAAAAUAUCAUCUAAAGACGAGAGUGGAAGAAGUGAUUGUACGUUCAGAUUUGAGUCGACCACACGCUCUUGCAGCUGAUACACAGAGAAGGAAACUCUACUGGUCAGACAUUGGAAACUCCCCCAGAAUCGAGAUGGCUGACUACAACGGGGAUGACAGAGAAACCCUUGUACAGUCCAACCUCAUCUGGCCUACAUCACUGGUGUUAGACAAAACAGGAGACAAUUUGUACUGGGUUGAUGAACAUGGAUCCUUGAAUGACGUGAUGGCACUAGACCUCUCCGCAAGGACUUCCAGAUCUAUACCGUACACUGGGCGCCGGCGGGAAUUCUUCGAUCUUGAUGUGUACAACGACACUUUAUACUUCAUUGACCGGGAGGCAACGUCUGUCUAUUUAUCGAUGCCAAUAACGGGAGGAGAACUGACACGAACAUCAACACCAGAAGGGAUGUCAAUGUACAGACACAUCCGCGUGUUCCACUACCCACAUGAAAUUCCACGAUGUCCGCCUGGUACCCAUGGGAAGAAAUGCCAAGUGCCGUGUGGACAUUGUCGAGACGAUAGGCCGUGCAUGAGUGAUACUGGACGCUGUCCAUCCGGAUGUCAACCAGGAUGGAUGGGGAAUAUGUGCACUGAAGGGUGUGCAGAUGGGUAUUUUGGCGUCAACUGCAAUGAUUCUUGUGGCAAAUGUAAAGGUGGAAUUGUCUGUGACAAAGCAGAUGGGCGAUGUGCCUCAGGAUGUGAGACCGGCUGGAUUGGGUACAACUGUACUCAAGAAAUUCCACGAUGUCCGCCUGGUACCCAUGGGAAGGAAUGCCAAGUGCCGUGUGGACAUUGUCGUGACGAUGGGCCGUGCAUGAGGGAUACUGGACGCUGUCCAUCCGGAUGUCAACCAGGAUGGAUGGGGAAUAUGUGCACUGAAGGGUGUGCAGAUGGGUAUUUUGGCGUCAACUGCAAUGAUUCUUGUGGCAAAUGUAAAGGUGGAGUUGUCUGUGACAAAGCAGAUGGGCGAUGUGCCUCAGGAUGUGAGACCGGCUGGAUUGGGUACAACUGUACUCAAGAAAUUCCAGUUUGCCCGCCUGGUACUCAUGGGAAGGAAUGUCAAGUGCUGUGUGGACAUUGUCGUGACGAUGGGCCGUGCAUGAGUGAUACUGGACGCUGUCCAUCCGGGUGUCAACCGGGGUGGAUGGGGAACAUGUGCACUGAAGUUGAAGUAAUCGUCCUUAUCACCGACCACAACGGCUACAUCUACAAGAUGGAUGCAAACAGCCAGGGCAUCUUAUACCACGACCAACAAGGAACUGAAGAUAUUGCCUAUGAUCCAGUUGAAGAACAAAUCUAUUGGUCCAAUCUUGACACCCAUUCUGUCAGCAGAGUGGAUCUCGAUGGUGGAAAUUACAUGAAACUUUUCGAUGUCCAAAAAUCUCAAGGAAUAGUGUUGGAUCCGAGGUCUAGGAUCCUAUUUUACAGCGAUGAUAGAACUGCGGUCAUUGGGAAAUAUCAUCUAAAGACGAGAGUGGAAGAAGUGAUUGUACGUUCAGAUUUGAGUCGACCACACGCUCUUGCAGCUGAUACACAGAGAAGUGUGACACUGAGUGAAAGUGGUAGUGUGACUCAGUAUGACUGGCAGUGUGACACUGAGUCCAUUCCUUAUAACUUAGAGUGUCCAGAUGGAAGUCACGGUGCUGACUGUCACGUCCCAUGUGGUCACUGCAGUGACAACAUCCCCUGCAACAAGACGGACGGUCUCUGCCCCAGAGGAUGUGCUGCAGGAUGGACUUUGCCCCACUGUACUCGAGGUGACGUCUUGGCUUGCUGUUCCUGGCAGAUACUUUACCCUUGUGUCGUCGGACUAUUCGGGUGUAAGGAUGGGUAUUUUGGUGACAACUGCGAGGAAUCAUGUGGGCACUGUAUGAAUGGCAUUGCGUGUGACAAUGCAGAUGGGCGGUGUGCCUCAGGAUGCAAGGCUGGAUGGUUUGGGUACAACUGUACUCAAGAGUGCACCUAUGGAUAUUUUGGUGUAAACUGCAAUCAGUCCUGUGGCCAGUGUAUGGGUGGAGUUGCUUGUGACAGAGGAGAUGGACGAUGUGUCUCUGGUUGUGCAGCUGGCUGGAUUGGGUACAACUGUACUCAUGCUUCUACUCAACUAGAAACGGAUUCACAUUUCAACCUCGUCCUCGUCGUAGUUGGUGUUUGUGCUGCUGCUGCCGUGCUUCUAGUCACGGCUUUGGGUAUCUACACAUACAGACUCAGGAAAUCACCAAUACCCAAUACAGGUGAAGAUACAGUAGCAUACCGCGUCAUGUGUUCUCAAGGUGAUGUGAUCGUGCUCAUCAGCGACCACAAUGGCCCCAUCUACAAAGUGAACACCAGCUCCAGAAACACCACGGUCGUGUUCCGGGAUGUAAGCGGAGUGGAGAACAUUGCCUAUGAUCCAGUGAGGGAGCAUGUCUACUGGUCAAAUCUUCAAAAGCGAAACAUUCAGCGAGUCGACCUCAGUGGGGGAAACCAUGUCACAGUGUUCUCUGUUCGGAAAUGCCAAGGACUGGCAAUAGCUCCCGAGUCCAGGUUCCUGUUCUACAGCGACGAUGGCUCGGAUAUCAUAGGGAAGUAUGACCUGAAGACGGGCAGGAAGACUGUGAUCAUUCGUUCCAAUUUGGGCAGAGCACAUGACGUCACAGUAGAUGAGUUCAACCGCAAAUUGUUUUGGUCAGAUGUAGGCCGCGACCCCAAGAUCGAGAUGUCGAACUACGAUGGAGGAAACAGGGUGACUUUAGUACGGGCACUGUCUAGCAGCAGCAGCAGCACCCCGACAUCACUAGCUGUGGAUGAAAAGGGUGAAAAUCUGUAUUGGGUUGAUGAACAAAAGCAUAGAAGUGAAAUCAUGGUGCUUCGACUAAACCAAACAACUGCACGAUCAAUACCGUAUGGGGAGCGGUCUGAUUUCUUUUCACUUGACUUGUUCAACAAGACCCUCUACCUAAUUGAUCUCAGACAAAGGAACGUGUUUCUGUCCGUGCCGGUAACUGGAGGGACUGUAGCCUCUACUCCAAUACCACGAGGGAUGUCAGAUUACAGGAGUAUCCGGGUGUUCAGCUACCCUCAUAAGUGUACGGAUGGGUAUUUUGGUGACAACUGCGAGGGAUCCUGUGGUCACUGUUUGAGUGGCGCUGUGUGUGACAAGGCAGAUGGACGAUGUGCCUCAGGGUGCGAGGCUGGAUGGUUUGGGUACAACUGUACCCAAGAGUGUACGGAUGGGUAUUACGGUGACAACUGCGAGGGAUCCUGUGGUCACUGUUUGAGUGGCGCUGUGUGUGACAAGGCAGAUGGACGAUGUGCCUCAGGGUGCGAGGCUGGAUGGUUUGGGUACAACUGUACCCAAGAGUGUACAGUUGGAUAUUUUGGUGUCAACUGCGAGGAAGCAUGCGGCCAUUGUAGAGGCGGGGCUUCUUGUGACAAAUCAGAUGGAGGAUGUGUCUUAGGGUGUGAGGAAGGCUGGAUUGGGUACAACUGUUCCCAAGCAGGAUGUAGCGGGAAAAGGUGUGACGUGACAUGUUCUAACUGUAGCCAACAACAGGACUGCGGUGUUGGUGGGAAUUGUUCAAGUCCACUUACCACAGGUCACGUUCCUGUCCCCGUGGUUGCUGGCGUAUGUGGAGCGGCAGUUGCUGUAGGCGUGUUGGCAGUCGUCCUCAUCUGCAGAAGAAGGCGCCAGACUACCUCUCCACUGCCCCCGAAACAAGGAGAUCGCUCAGUCACGUACAGGAUUAUGGAGGACAUCCAAGACGCGAAUACUUCCGGCGAAGGCCAACUAAUACAAGUUUGAUACAAGCAGUAGUGAGGUUGUGGCAGUUGUGCUUUCAGAUGGUGUCCAUACGCGUGUCUAUUCUACAUACACGUGUUGCAGCAGCACAGAUCGACACAUCAUCUCAAACAUACAUCGAAGCUGAUUUUGGUACUUACUACUGCCACAUAUCACAUUGAAGUCUACAAUAACGGGGUUCGAUGACAAGAGUACAGCCCUUUUCGCGAACACCCGGUGUCAUCACUGAUUUUCAGUGGUCCAUUCAUAUAAUUUCCAAAGCUAUUUGCCCUUUACGCCAAGUGGAAUCUGUUUCGGCAGAAAAUCUAGGAUGGUUAUUCUCUUGCACUGACAACUUAUAUAUAAUUAACUAAAGCGUGAUUUAAUAGCAUUGUUGAAUAUAUAUGGGCAUGUGAAUCGAUGGUCCGUACAUGUGUUUCACUUGUCACUACAACCCGCCUAUUUGUGAUACAGUAGGAUAGUUUUGUAGCCCCAAAAGACGGAAUUUACAAUAAAAGGGAGACAACUUA